AUGCUCAACAACGCGCACAUCGUUCGGCAGCUUGCCCGCCAACUGCAGGACGCAGAGCCCGACCCGUCAUCGUCCAUGUCCGCACUGAUGAGGGGACGCCUGCAUCCCGAGCCAUGCAUGCUCGCUCGUCUUCCCACUACUGACUCGUUGAAAGCUUUCAUCGAGCGUGAGGCAGAGUAUCUUGCCCCGAAAGCAGUCAUCAAGCAACUGAGACGGUCGCCCAGUCCUUCACCACCGAACUCGGACCAGGAGGAUCACGAUGAGCCGGAGGAGGAACCUGUCAAGCCCAGAAGCAGAGCUAAGAGCCUCACGUCUAUGAUCUCCUCGCUAUCCCUCCCUUCCCGCAAGCUUUCCGUCAACUUGAAACGCUUUUCUGCGCCGCAAACAAGUAUUGAGAAGCCGAUUGAGCCGCACGAGGUCUUUUCUGCGAUCGAGAGGAAAGACAUCGCCUUCCUCAUGGAAGUCCGGGACAAGGCGUUCCACCUCCUGUCCAGAGGCACGGCGACACCACUCCCCUCGUGCACGCCAUGCGCUGCGGAAAGACUUCAACCGCCCGGGACGCGGAAGCUCCUGCGCACGCUCCGCCUGAACCUCCGCGCCGCAAUCGACAUGGGCCUGCAGACGCAGCAGAGCGAUCUGAUCGCGAGCUUCUUGCAGACGCUGGUCAUGAGCGAGGGCGAGCGGUGGGUGUCCCAGCAGGCCGCGAGCGUCGCGGCGGCACUGCGCAUAGAAACGGAGGACAAGCCGGUGAAGUCCGCGGAGGACGCGGUGAGGGGGUUCGCGACCAAGCAGCUGGGCAAGGCGAGUAUGAUCGUGACCUACGAGGACUACGUGGCGAAUGCUACGGGAGAUCUGCUCUUGAUGGGCGCGUGGCACGGCGUGGUAGAAGCGGGGGUGGAAGGCGAGCUCAUACCCACGUGGUACUUUGCCCGCGAUGAACGCGUGUACAGGGCAUUCGUUGAGCGCUUGGACCAACAUCAGCAAGAGAUCAAGAAGCAUUGUGGCAAGCGGCUCAGAUGGCAGCUCAGAGUGCUCCGGCAAGUCAUGGAGGGGAGGGCGACGUCCUGGCAUCAAAAGGUGGUGAUAUUGGCGGAAGAAUUUGAUAAUGGAGAAGGUGUACUAUAA